ACGGAGUUCCAUUCCAUCUCCACCACCACCACACAAGCCAAUCAAGCUCUCUGCUCCUUCCCAGCUACAUUUCCAGCAAGCAAGCCGAAGCACUAGAUCCUCGAUGGCUCGCGUGGCACUGCUCGCCGUGUUCACCGUGCUCGCCGCACUGGCAGUGGCGGAGAUGGCGUCUGGGGCGGUGACCUGCAGCGACGUGACGUCCGCCAUCGCGCCGUGCAUGUCCUACGCAACGGGGCAAGCGUCGUCACCCUCGGCGGGGUGCUGCAGCGGGGUGAGGACCCUGAACGGCAAGGCGUCCACCUCGGCCGACCGGCAGGCGGCGUGCCGCUGCCUCAAGAACCUGGCGGGGUCGUUCAAUGGCAUCAGCAUGGGUAACGCCGCCAACAUCCCCGGCAAGUGCGGCGUCUCCGUCUCUUUCCCCAUCAACAACAGCGUCAACUGCAACAACCUUCAUUAAGUUAUCUACGAGCAUCAUCAUCACACCAGGCUAGCUAGCCCACUCGGUGUCUACUGUUGCUGCUCUCUGCGUGUAUUCGUUGUUGUUUUCUGCAUGUGUUCCACCUCCAUCUGUUGUCCUUGUUACAGAUCGAGCAGAUUACUGAUCGAAUCAUCAAUAAAAUAAUGUGUUGAGCGGAAGUUUUUAACA